CGCACUGGCUUGUGUGACACAGGCAGCUAGUCGAAAGACAUCUACACACCGGCAUCUUAUCCCCAGGUUUUGUGACAAGCCAUAUCAACAGAUAUGCCUACUUACAAAUUGACUUACUUUCCUCUUCGUGCCAGAGCGGAGCCAGCACGCCUGAUUUUCGCUUAUGCCGGGGAGAAAUAUGAGGACAUCCGAAUCCCGUUCGAUGAGUGGCCGAAACACAAGCAAAAAAUGCCCUUCCGACAAUUGCCUGUUCUAGAGGUAGAUGGGAAGCAACUCUCACAGAGUUACGCCAUUGUGAGAUAUCUGGCCAACGAAUUCGGUUUGGGCGGUAAAAACAAAUGGGAAGCAGCCGAGGCGGAUCAGUACACAGGAGCUAUCGAGGAUUUGUUUGUCGCGACUGCAAGGAUACAUUUUGAAAAGGACGCGUCUCGAAAGGCUGAGGAUUUAAAGAAGUAUAAGGAAGGGACUGCCUCUGGUUUUCUCCAACCUUUUGAGGCAACAUUGGCGAAAAGUAGCUCGGGUUUCUUGGUUGGCAGUGGGUUGACCUACGCGGACCUUUGUUUCUUCAACUUGUUGGGAUUCAUGGAAGGCAUGCUGAAGGAGGACGCCAAGGCUAUUACAUCCACGUUCCCAAACAUCCAGAAGCAUCGUCAGAAAAUAGAGUCUUUGCCAAAAAUUGCUGAAUGGAUUAAGAAGAGACCGGCUAAUGAUUUCUAGAUUUUCCUGUUUAAAAUAUGAUGGCAUAAUACCGUGGAUAUCCAUAGGCGUAGAUCAGACCCUAAAAACAAGCAUUUGACAGAAUACAAAGACCCACCCUUGCUACAAAGCUUGGCAACUGUAACCAAAGAAUGGCAGCAUGAUGACGAAAACCACGUUUUUGUUUCCAGCGGAACAUUGAGUGACAGAUGUGUCACGAAAGGGUUUAAAGUCUUCGAAAUGUAUUGGUAUUAACAAGCAUCGAGACUUUCGGUGCACAGUCGUCCAUAUUUUCUUUACAUUCUGAUUCGUAUAUUGAUGUACUGAAACAUGUAAUAAAUCAAUCGUAAAGGAU